AUGUGGAAACUGGUGACGCUGUUGGCGGUGCUGUUCGCAUUCGAGGCCAGUUUUGCAAAAGAGUCCAUCCCUUCGCUGAUCGAUACAGACACACACGGUGCGGAUGGUCCCACCGGCAGACAGAGCAAAGCCGUUUCGACCCACUGCCCACGCUCCUGCCCGGUACAGAGCGCCCCGCAGGAACCCGUCUGCGGUAGCGACGGUCUGAUCUACGCCAAUCUGUGCGAGAUGAAGAAGAAAACGUGUACGAAGGCGGCACCGAAUGCGGUCACCGAGGACAAGGCCGGCUGUGAACGGUCGAAGGGAUCGCCGUGCAAUCAUCGCUGCCCGACCGAGAAGGAUCUCGUGUGUGGAACGGAUGGCCGGACCUAUCUGAACCGGUGCAUGCUGCGUGUGCAGGCCUGCCGUGUUGGGACGGCGGCCGUUUCGCUGGCCCAUGUUGGUCCGUGCGCGAACGGAAGCGUUAUACGCGAAUCUUGCCCGGUUGAUUGUAACAGUGCCCCUCAGGAUGGUCCUGUUUGCGCAUCGGACGGUAACGUGUACAACUCCACCUGUCAGAUGAAGCUGAUCACCUGCGGACAGGGUGUGGUCCGCACCAGCCGUAAACACUGCCAAAGCACACGGAAUUGUCGGGAGUCGUGUUGGCGUGUAGCCCGCCCGACCUGCGGCUCGGACGGUCGCCUAUACGCUAGCGCCUGUAAGAUGCGUGCGUCCAACUGCGGCAAGCACGUGUUCGAGGUACCGAUCUCGUACUGCAUGUCACAGGAGCGUGCCGGCGGCAGUUCGCACAGUGCCAGCAACAAGAUCGAAGACUGUCCGACCGAAUGUCCCAAGGAUGCGCAGCAGAUGAUCUGUGGCAGCGAUGGCAACAUAUACACCUCAAUGUGCGAGCUGAAGAUGCUUAACUGCGGGCAGAAGAAAAAGAUUCAGGCACUUACGCUGGACCGUUGCAAGCAGAAGAUGAACCGAUGCAAAUCGUUGCCCGCCUGCAAACAGCACUCCAAGAACGGGGCCUCUUUCUUCGGCGACCAGAAGGACAUGCUGUGCGGCACAGAUUCGAAAACGUACAACAAUGAGUGCGAGCUGGCCAGAGCAACCUGCCUCCGUGGCGUACAGUUGGCUCACAUCGGGCCCUGCACACAGCUGAAAUCGAAGGUGGAUGUGACGGACUGCAGCAGCUGUACGUACGAUGAGGAACAGAAUGGUCCACUUUGCGGCUCGGACGGCAAUACCUACAAGUCGCGGUGUGAGAUGAAGCAGAAGACGUGCGGUCUGCGGGUAGUACCAGUGUCACUGAAGAACUGUGCCACCACGGCGCUGUGUGAGGCAAACUGUGAACAGCAACCGACCAGCUACGUGUGCGGCUCCGACAACAAGCUGUACCCGAACGAGUGCCACAUGCGACGGGAGAACUGUGGACGCCAUAUGUUCCUGGUGCCGAUGAAGCGUUGCCUAGCCGCGUUCACGUUCAAGGGUUGCUCCAAGAUCUGUCCACAGGAGUUCGAGCCAGUGUGCGGCACGGAUGGCAAGACGUACUCCAACGAGUGUUUCCUGAGCAUCGAAAACUGCCGAUCGCGAUCGAUGGUGCAGAAAAAGCACGUCGGGCCAUGUGGACGACCCGAGGAACCCUCGCACAACUAUCUCUACUAA